CGGUUUUGUACUUCAACUCCCAGAAAGCUCCGCCAGUGUAGCCAACGGUGUGGCAUUCUGGGAGCUGAAGUUCGGAAAUUAUCCGAACGCGUUCUAUUUAACGCGAGUGCGCCUGCGCGGCGAGGUUGCUCGCGCUCUGAGCGUUUAUCAGCAGCUCCUCGGCAGUCGCGGCUCGGCGGAUGCAGGGGAAGUAACGGCUGGUGAUGAGAAGGAAAGGCGGGGCUGGUAAAUCAGAAAGUGACGAUUACACUCAGGACUGGAUAUUUAAUCUGAUUUGCUUGGCAAAAUGUCUGCCUUGGCUCCUUAUAGAGAUUGACAACAGAUUUGGAAGGAGAUAGCAGCUAAUGGCUUCUGACUGUAUGGUCCCAGAGCAAGCAAAACAUCGUGUGGUUAAAGGGAAAAGGCAGCAGCAGUAUGAAAGGUCGCCUCUGAACAGUGAUGCGGAAGAAGAGACAUUUGUGUUUGAAGCAAAUGAAGCCUGGAAGGAUUUCCACAGUUCUCUCCUUCACUUCUAUGAAGCUGGGGAACUUUGUGAUGUUACACUAAAGGUGGGGUCGAAACUGAUUUCCUGUCACAAGCUUGUGCUUGCUUGUGUUAUUCCUUACUUCCGAGCCAUGUUUCUUUCCGAAAUGGCAGAAGCCAAGCAGUCAUUAAUUGAGAUCAAAGACUUUGAUGGUGAUGCCAUAGAAGAUUUAGUCAAGUUUGUGUACUCAUCUCGACUGACUUUGACAGUAGACAAUGUCCAGCCUCUCUUAUAUGCUGCCUGCAUUCUCCAGGUGGAAGUGGUGGCCAAAGCUUGCUGUGAGUACAUGAAACUGCAUUUCCAUCCUUCAAAUUGCCUGGCAGUGAGGGCUUUUGCAGAGAGUCACAACCGGGUUGACUUGAUGGACAUGGCGGAUCGCUAUGCUUGUGAACAUUUUGCUGAAGUCGUGGAGUGUGAAGACUUUGUGAGUGUGUCACCUCAACAUCUACAUAAACUGUUGUCUUCAAAUGAUCUGAGCAUUGAGAGUGAAAAGCAGGUUUAUCGUGCUGCAAUUAAAUGGCUCCUUGCCAAUCCACAGCAUCAUACUACGUGGUUAGAUGAAAUAAUUGCACAGGUACGCCUGCCUCUGUUGCCCAUUUGCUUUCUUAUGGGAGUGGUGGCAAAAGAAGAGAUUGUCAAACAGAAUCUAAAAUGUAGGGACUUGUUGGAUGAAGCAAGAAACUACCACCUUCACUUGAGCAGUCAUACAGUACCAGAUUUUGAAUAUUCUGUCAGGACUACACCGAGGAAGCACACAGCCGGUGUCCUUUUCUGUGUUGGUGGUCGAGGUGGAUCUGGUGACCCUUUUCGCAGCAUUGAAUGCUACUCAGUAAACAAUAACAGUUGGUUUUUUGGUCCUGAGAUGAACAGUAGACGGAGACAUGUGGGUGUCAUCUCUGUGGGAGGUAAAGUGUAUGCAGUAGGCGGGCAUGAUGGAAAUGAACACUUAGGCAGUAUGGAAAUGUUUGAUCCUCUGUCAAAUAAAUGGAUGAUGAAAGCAUCAAUGAAUACUAAAAGGAGAGGAAUUGCUCUUGCCUCGCUUGGAGGCCCCAUCUAUGCCAUAGGAGGCUUGGAUGAUAAUACUUGCUUCAGUGAAGUGGAGAGGUACGACAUCGAAUCAGAUCAGUGGAGUGGAGUUGCACCUAUGAAUACACCUCGAGGAGGAGUUGGCUCUGUGGCUCUGAUGAACUAUGUAUAUGCUGUCGGUGGGAAUGAUGGUGUUGCUUCCCUUUCCAGUGUGGAAAAGUAUGAUCCUUACCUGGAUAAAUGGAUAGAAGUAAAAGAAAUGGGCCAGCGAAGAGCUGGCAAUGGAGUUAGUGAGCUCCAUGGCUGUUUAUAUGUAGUAGGUGGCUUUGAUGACAAUUCUCCACUUAGCUCUGUUGAACGAUUUGACCCUCGCAGUGGAAGCAAGUGGGAAUAUGUAGCAGAGCUCACAACUCCUCGAGGUGGAGUUGGCAUAGCAACUUUAAUGGGGAAAAUUUUUGCAGUGGGAGGACAUAAUGGAAACGCUUACCUGAAUACAGUGGAAGCCUAUGAUCCUGUGGCGAACAGAUGGGAGCUUGUGGGUUCUGUGUCUCACUGCAGAGCUGGAGCCGGAGUAGCUGUCUGUGCUUGUCUUAGCAGCCAAAUCCGUGACAUGGGUCAUGGGUCCAGCAAUGUUGUGGAUUGCAUGUGAAUUGGGGAAAGCCAGAAAUCACUGCGAAAUGUUACAGGACUUGCCGACUAUAAUAAGACACUUUGAACUCUUGUACAUGUAUGUAUAAAUAAAUAGUCCAAAACAUUUUUAUAUGACAAGUUAGGGUUGAGUGGCAGCUUUUUCCGAAGCAGGAAAGGUUUAGGAAAAAAUUGAAGAAAAUGUCAGCAUUUGUUUAAAAUAUGCUGCCUUCUGUGUUCAUUGCUGAGAACUUUUGAUCUUCAACAUCUUGUAACUUUAAAGGAUAUUGGAAAAAUAACCAACUGCUUUUUUCAUGUGACUGUACUUUUCCUCAGGUAAGCUCUCAAAAAAUGCUUAUAUUUAAAAACAACAUUUAAAAACAGUCCUCUGAAGAACAGCUUAAGGCUUGUAUAUGUUCAGUUCAGAACUUUUUCCUCCAUGGUUGCACUAUGCAGACCUAAAGUAACCCAUUGUCGAUUCUUGAAAAGAAAACUGAUUUUUGGAGAAUGCUUAGGAGAUUUGAUUGUUGGACAGAAAUAGCAGCUGUCAGCUUGGCUGAUCUUUGGUUUUUCCAAAACUAUGUUAUUUUGGUUCAUUUGCUCACUUGAAUUAAUAUGGCAUGAGAGUACCACCAUAUGCUUCUUUAUAAAAGCAAACAAAGUGUAACAGAAAAUUACUGAUUGCUGAGGAAAUAAUUUCAUCCUAAUUAUGUAUAAAUAUAACAAGUAAUGCCAGAGAGAUUUCAACUGCAUAUUGUCAUCUUUGUGUUUUUAUUGUGUUUAUUGGUGAGCAGUGCAGCUGUUAGACUUGCAAAGUUUGUGUUUUGUGCUGCUCUAUUGUCAGAAUUCUCAUGUUUCUUUCCCCUAUGGGCAUUUGCCCCAGCCUUGGCCAGAAGGCUUUCUUCUUUGUAGCAUGAAAACCAAGCCUGUGACAAUCAUUCAGCAAAUCACUUGAAAGGUAGUAAUAUGUGAAGUGUACCAGCCCUAAAAUGUCCGUGGAAUAUCUACGUUAUUGGCUUUAGAAAAAAACUAUCACAAGUCCUUCCUGAAAUUGUUAACCACCUUUGCUCCCACUGCUGUAGUGCCAGGCUAUUGCUGGUGCUUAUUGGUAGGAUGGGGUACUUUUGUGAUAUCCCUGUAAGAUGCCAACUGUGUCCCCUAUGUAAAUAUCUUCCAAGUUCUGGGUGGAAGACUAUUGUAGGUUGAAGCUGUGGCCAUAUGCUCAAGACUUCUGCAGAAGGAACUGUGUAUGCAGAAGCUUAUUCCUCACCAGCCGAGGCCAGUUGGCCCUCUUUCUGUUUGGACCAUUAAGGGUUUGGAGUGUUGCCACCACAGGAGAAGAAGGGAUGACUUCUGUCAGUGUUUUAUGUGUCAUUAUUACUUGGAGAAAUCACUGCACAGAUUCUGUGCAGAUUUGAUGAGAAUGUUCUUAAUAGGAAGUUAAAUAUUUUGUUUCUGUUUUCAAAACUAAUAUGCUUACUUUGAUGUAGCAAAUCCUUCCUUGUUACUCUCAUUCAAAACAUUUUUUGUCAAAACUACUCUGUAUUUCAUUUGUUCUUAAUGCGCAACCCAUCCAGCUGUGUAUGGGAGAAUGUGUAUCACUUUGUUUUACAAACAAGCAAGAUAGGCCCUUUAGGACAGGAGAAACCUCUAGUGGCAAAAGCUCACAGGCCAAGAAAUACGGUAGAACAUACACAACUUAUAAAGGAAACCAUGCAGAUAGAUUUGGGUGGUGCAGAGUUGUGCAAGAAGAUCAUUAUUUCACAUCUCUCAAAAUGUUCAUCAAGGCCCGGGGAAAGAUUUACCUGACCAAAGCUUUAUGUCCAGAGAAUUUUGGAUGAAUAAGAAAGAACUGGAGCACAAUAGGAGCGUACAAACAUUGUGCUUCUUGGAGAAGAGUAGGGUUUUUUUCUGUGUGUAUUACUGUCACAAAGCCCACAGAUGGCUACCUUACAUUUGCACUUCUAUUUGUGUGAGGCUGAUAUCCAGUGGACAAAAUGAAAUAUUGUGUUGUAUAGAAAGGGGGAAAUUUGUAAUAAAAUGUGUUAAUUGUU